AUGAAGGCCUUGUAUCUCGGUAUUAGUUCUCAUUGCGAUAAACAUUUUGAACAGGGUAUUACUCGAGAAUUAAUUAUAGAGUUGGUUGAGUUACUAGAUGGUCGGUAUUUCCCACCCAGUGGUAAACAAGAGAAACAAAAAAAUUAUUUUAAAGGUUACCCCGAAAAAGCUGGUAAAAGUGUUAACGAAAAAACCAAAUAUCAAUUUAGUCAAGUAAUUACUCGUUAUUUGGUUAAAAAUAAUCUUUCGGAAGCUGAAAUGGCUCAUCGGCUCGGCUUAGAUAAAAGUGCCACUGCUAAAUUACUCCGUGGUUAUAUGGAAAAUUUUUCCUUGGAUAGUUUGAUUACUUAUGUAGAUAAAUUACAUUUGCCUUUACAAAUAAAAAUUACUGAAGAGGGCAAGUUGAUAGAUAAGC